UUUGGCUUUUUACGGUGGUCAGGGCACCCACUUCGCGGGAGGAAAAUGAUCAAGUUGAUUACCGCAGUAGCUGUACUUGUUGUUCAGUUUGAUUUUGCAUUUUCUGCCGGAACUGUCUAUCCUACUUACAACCUCGGUGAAUAUUGCGGCGGGACCAUCACCGUGCCCUGCCCAUACUUUGCCGGUGAAGGCGGCACGUUGAGGUUCAUAUCACGACCGAACGCGACAUGUAGCGUGCAGUUGCAACUAGAAGAAUCUUGCGGUUCGUGUGCCAACAGCAAUAACAACCCUGGUUACGGGUUUUAUUUAAAUUUCAGGAAUGCGUCCAAGUAUGAAUUGGAUGCAAUACAUCUGCGGUCAUCUUUGACGGGUACGCUGGUCUGACUCUGCUAAGCUCGGUAGCGCCACCAGCCAGUCCGCCCUCGGUGACACAGUACCGGACUCCGUUU